AUGGCCAUGGAGGUCAGCCCAACAAAUUGCACCUUGUAUGUCGAGGUCGUCAAGUACUCCCCACUAACAAUGAAUUUAGGUAAUGGUGUCCAGGAUUCCUUGGGUGAGCAUCAUCGCGGUCAUUUGAAGCUAGCUACUCAACCCAUAGCCAUGGCAACCAGUCAAAGCAUAGCACCUUCGUUCUUCAGCUUCCUAAAGGAAGGCGUCCUCCUCCCGACCCGCAACCGGAGGCUCUUCAUAGCGGUCGGCGCCAUCAUCGUCGCCUCCACCACGCUCCUCCUCCUCGGCAGCGACCUCGCCCUCCAACCCCUCGCCGACGAGAUCCAGCUCGACGUCAAGGCGCUAAACGGCACCGACCCGGGCAGCCUGGAGUACGCCAAGCUCGUACAGGAGAUCCAGAAUGACACCAAGGAGCUCCUGCUCGUAGGCGCGGGGUACAUCCUGUUCGCGGUCGUCGUCAGCUCCGCCGUCCGGAUCCUCCUCCUCUUCGCCACCGUCUUGACGUACUCCGGCGAGCAGCGUGCUACCUUCAGCGAGCUCCUCGGAAAAGCUAACGCGCACCUGAAGGGGCCCUUGCUCACGCUCGCCUUCGUCUACGUCCUCGAGAUCGUCUACAUCGUGUUUCUGGCGUUGAUGGGGGCACUUCUCGUUGUUCUCAUAGUGAAGCAGUACUUCGUGUUGCUCAUCCUGGCGUCGCUGCUAGUCCUCUCCGCGGCCAUCUCCCUCGUGUACUUCUCCUUCGUCUGCUCUUUCAGCGUCGUCGUGGCGGUGGCCGAGCCCGGCUGCCACGGCGCAGCCGCGUUAGGUAGGGCGUGUAGGCUGGCGAAGGGGAAGAAGUGGCAGGUCGUGCUGUUCGUCGCCGUUACCAGUGCCUUGGCCACCGUCCUAUCGCAAGUGCACACGCUCGCGAGGACAUGUGCGGGUAGUAGCGUGGCACUUGGGUUGCUCCUGGGUUUUGUGUACGCGGUUCUGAUGGCACUCGUGCAGUUGUUCGCCGUCUGUGCCAUGACCGCGUUCUACUACGAGCGCAGGGAGAACAUCGACGGCCAGCUGGGGGAUACUGUAUACGCCAAGUUAUCAACGGAAGAAGCAAACGCUUGAUCAUUCUACUUGUCACACCAAAUGGUUGGCUGUAAUUUUUACUUCAUGUAUGUUAGACUAUGUGUGUGUGUGUGUUUGGAAUGCAUGCUCCUACUAUAUGUAACUAGCUAGCCGGCGCCCGUGCGCUCGUUCGUUGGAUUAAGCACACUUUCCAUUUAAAGAAACAAAAACACCUGGUCUUCUUUAAUUGCAUAAAAA